AUGUUGAUGAAGCUUCCAACCCUCCAGUCACCUGUUCUCUCCUUUGGGGAACAAGCUAUAGAACUCUUCCAAUCGCAUUGGAAGACUCUUGAGCACGAGGCAAAUCAGAUCGAGAGCAAUCUCGAUGACAAGCGAUCAGAUAUCAAGGACUUGGUAAACAAGGUUGAGAAACUAAACUCUGACUUCAAACAAUUCACGUCGGAGCUUGAGGUUGAGAAUGGUACCACGAACGUCUCAAAUCUGCUCCAGCUUCGUGAGGAUCAUUCGAGUGCUAAGGAGAAGUUGCAGGCUGCUCGGAAAGCAUACGGUGAGCUGGAGCUCGUCCGAGCGGAACUCCUCCAGAAACUUCGGCAACUAGCAAUUGAUACCCCAAAAGUAUUAGUUGAAUCGCGCGAUCAAGAAUGGGACCUGGAAGCCCUUCAGAUACGAUUGACUACAGCUGCGCAGUCUGACCAUGUCGCCUGCUGCGCAAAGGCUGACAUUAACGUCAACAAUACACUAUUCCGUCCGAUAGAGGCGCGUGUGUAUACGGGCAGUCGAGAAGGUGCAGGCAGUUGGAAGGACUGUACGCUGGUCCUGGAAUGGUUCGCUUCGCGGUUUCAUUUUGCCUUUUAUAAGAACCAAAAACUGCUGUUCAGGAUGACAGUACAAGACACAACGUACGUGGUCGCUGCAGACGAGAAAUUCGAUAUACCGGUGUCGAAGCUCCCCACUCGUCGAGUCCGGGGGGCAUAUUCAAAGCUCAUUAUCGACUAUGUUCUUCCAUCUGGGGACUCUAUUGAGAUAGAUCACGGUUACGAACGCGAAAUCCUGGAUAUCCUCCCAAUUAUCACAAAGGCACAGGGCGAAGGCCGGUGCACUGCCUGCGAGGAGGAUUAG